AUGACAAACAUUGGAAAUUCAGCAGAACCAUAUUCGGCAAUUAGUUUGCGAAGUGUUGGAUUCAAAGGUAAAAUCUUCAUGUUCUCAGACAAACUAAUUUCAUCUAAAUUCGAAGAAUGUGGUAUUUCAUGGAUUCCAACAACAUUAUUUUGUAACAUUGAAUAUGAGAAGAUGUAUCAACGCUUUUAUGUAAUAAAAUCUAUUAUUGAAUUAUUCUAUAACGAUAUCAAUCGAGUUCUUUAUUUUGACUGGGGUGAUACUCAUUUCCAAAGUGAUCCAUUUACAUUUGACGACAAAUUUCCUCAUGUCAGUGAUGAACGAAUCAAAAUGAAAGAAGAAAUCUUUAAUUUGAUUUGGAUUGUUAAUAUUGACAACUUGAAACCAGAAUAUUUUGAAAACAAAAAUGUUAUUUGUGCAGGAUUAAUUCUUGGAGACAAAGACUCUGUUUACAAAGCAGUUUCUGUUUUAUCUUCAUCAUAUAUUAUAGGUGAAAAACAAUUGAAUGACCAAACAAUUUAUAAUAUCUUUCUCUAUAGCCAUAUCCCAGAAGAAAUCGGACUUCGUAUUGUUUGCGAUCCAAACUUAGCCUCUGUUUUUGCAGUUUUGCGUGAAGAACAUUUGAGAAAUAUAUGGCAUAUUGACAAUAAUGGAGUUCUCACAGAUUCAAAAUCAGGUUAUAAACCUUCUAUUGUCCAUCAAUAUAAUAGAAACUCGGAUUUAGUUAAUGCAAUUUCUAAAAAAUGUCAUAUUUCAUGA